GAACCACCAACGAUACUUUACAGUUCCAUCACAACACUCACAUCAGCUUCUAGUCUAAGUGACUUCUUGUAGUGAUUAGAACAAUUUACAUAAACACACCUCAAUUCAACAUGAAAGUGGUUAUUUUGUGUGCUCUUUUUGCUUUGGCUUAUGCCGCCCCACAAAGUGCUGAUAAAGAUGCCGUGGUAGUAAGAAGCGAAUUAGAUAAUAUUGGAGUUGAUGGUUACAAAUUUGCCUAUGAAACAAGUAAUGGAAUUGCUGCUGAUGAACAAGGAAGUCUUCAAAAUGCUGGAACCGAUAACGAAUCAAUUUCCGUUCGUGGUCAAUUCAAAUACGUUGGUCCCGAUGGUGUUACGUACACAGUGACGUACGUUGCUGAUGAAAACGGUUUCCAACCACAAGGUGCUCACAUUCCCGCUUAAAAGAUGAAAACAAUAAUCCACGCUGCCAUUUCCGACGGUUUUUUAAAAAAAGAUUUCAAAUUUAAAAAGGAACCGCGAACGGGAAAACGAUUUUGGUAUCUUUUUGAAGUUAAAAAAUAAUUGACGAAAUUUAUCAAAACCGUUUUCCCGAUAUAUUUAUGUGUGUGUAUAUAAAUUUUGUACUAUAUGUUUUCUAAAAAAAUAAAAUAUGUGUGAGGAUGAA